AUGAAAUUAUCUCACAUGAUUGCUAGCAUCAUGAUGGGGGUAACAUGGACACAAGCCGUUAAAGGAAAUCGGUACUCAUUAUUCGAUUUCACAACAGCCAGCAAUGUAGACAAUUGGUCAGAAAUUUCAGACACCGUUCGAACGCCAGGAAUGUCUAAGGCCGUACUAACUCUACAAAAAACUCAAUUAUUUCAACGCGGAAUUUUCUUUACGCUCUUGAACCCCCAGCCAAACGGAGCCGGAUUUGCCGGAGUGCGAAUGCCUACUACCUGGGAUUUAAGCGGAUACACCAGUAUCGAAAUAAAGUGUCGCGCCCAGGGCAACAACGAGCACUACAAGUUUUCAACAAUAAGUUUACCCCUGAAAAACUUCAAGCCUUACUAUCGGGGUCAGGAAGUACUGAAUGGAACUCCGCUGGACACGGCAAACAUAACAACGUUUGGCUUACAAGUUUUCGGCGGUGUUUACUCGCCAUUUAAGCAAAGCGGCGUGUCAGCUCUCGAAAUUGAAACGAUUGUUGCAACUAUUUAA